AUCCUUUACAUAGUAAGCUUGCCGCGGUUGGCCUUCCGGUCAAUCCUCCAGACUCCAGUGUUUGUAUUGUACAGAAAUGGGUUGCCCAAUGCUGCUCUCCGCCAAACGGGCGAUCAUCGCAACCUGCGGCAUUGCAGCAUGCGUGAUCCUGGUCAGUUUCAACCGACUCCGUCUCGUCACAGCGGCGAGUCAACGGUCCACGGAAGCAUGGGGUGGGCUGCAGCCGCACUGGACGACCGAGCAGGAGGAGCCGCGGUUUGCGUACGUGCAGUAUGCGACGGAUAUCAACUACUUGUGCAACGCGAUCAUGAACUUUGUGCGUCUCGACCGGUACGGAACGCAUUUUGAUCGGGUGUUGAUCCAUCCCCGCGAUUGGGCCGAGCCCGGCGACAGCCGCGAGCAGAUCGCCCUGAGCCGAAUCCGAUCGCAGUACCCGCACGUCCAACUGCGCCCGGUCGAGGUGCUCUCGACGUCGGCCGGCGAUCCCACGUGGCACAAGAGCCUGACGAAGUUCCACGCGUUCGCCCUGACCGACUACACGCGCGUGCUCGUCUUCGACUCCGACUCGAUGGUGCUCAACAACAUGGACCACUGCUUCCUCGCCCCGCUGGCCCCGGUCGCCGUCCCGCGCGCGUACUGGCUCCACGACGCCUCGUCGUCGUCCAGCAGCAUCAAGGACCAGAUUCUCGCAUCCCACGUGAUGCUGAUCGAGCCCAACCAACGCACCUUCGAGCGGAUCCUGGCCGAGGCCCGCUCGUCCGGCGCCUUCGACAUGGAGGUGCUCAACGCCCUGUUUGCCGACUCGGCCAUGAUCCUGCCGCAUCGGCGGUACGCCCUGCUCACGGGCGAGUUCCGCACCAAGGACCACCGCCACUACCUGUCCGAGGACCCAGACGCGGAGUGGAACGCCACGGCCGAGGUGUCGCGCGCCUAUCUGGUGCACUUUAGCGACUGGCCGCUGCCCAAGCCGUGGCUGCCGCGCUCGCCGGAGCAGUGGGCGGCGGCCCUGCCGGCGUGCGGCGAUGGCGAGGAGGAUGCCGAGCGGCCGGAUCGGCCGCGGUGUGCGGAUCGGGUCAUGUGGACGAGAUUCUAUGAGGAUUAUGAUCGGGACCGGCGGGAGGUUUGCGGGCCGUUGGGUAUGACUGGAGAGAGCUAGAUAGGCAUGCAUCGGGGAGAAGAACAGGUCUGUAAUUAACCCCGGUAGGCCUGCUCACCACGGCUCUUCCCGGAUGUGAUCCGGCUCCUGCGCCACCUCGAGGACGGAGAAUGCAGUGGUUAUUAUACAGGGUUCUAUGGUAUGGUUGCAUUAGACUAGGCGUCCGGACAACUGCAAGUUUUAAAUCAUUAUACACGGUAGAGCUUAUAAUUCUCCUCUUCCUAUUGCGAUCUAACCAAGUCUAUA